AUGCGCAACUAUGACAACAUCGCUUACCUUUUACCGAACAAGGCGAAUCUCCCUAACCUCCGACGCCUGUUCGUCGAGGCCAGGACCGAGGCCGAAGAGAACGAGCACUCCAGGACAGCGUUUUACAACCUUGUCCUUUUUAUCUCCUCGGUCGCUGUCUUCAGCUUGGUGGCUCAACGAAUGGGCGGAACGAAGUCGGGAAAAUGA